AUGGAUAACGUUAGUGUUGAAAACAGUCAAGUAACUGUUAAAAAGUUGGUGAUGACGAAUGUUCUGGAAAAAGUUUAUCCUAACGUUCAAAAAGGAGGAUAUUAUGCUCCUAUAGACUGCCAAACCAGGAACAAAGUUGGCAUAUUAGUUCCAUAUAGAGAUCGAGCGACGCAUCUUCCGAUUUUUAUUUAUAACAUCCACCCCUUUUUGAUAAAACAAAAAUUGCAGUACAGAAUAUUUAUUAUAGAACAAGCAGGUCAGGAUUUAUUCAACAGAGGACGACUUUUCAACGCCGGUUUCCUAGAAAUGAUGAAACUUGGCGAUUGGUGUUGCGUGAUAUUCCAUGACGUAGAUUUGCUCCCGCUGAAUGAAGAGAUACUGUAUACUUGUCCGAUUUGGCCGAGGAAUAUGUGUGGGAACAUUGUUGAUGACAAGAACCCAAAAUCGCGCACCCUAUUCGGCGGUGUGUCCGCUACGGAUGUCAAGCAAUUUAAAAAUGUGAAUGGUUAUUCCAACGACUACUGGGGCUGGGGUGGCGAGGACAAUGACCUUUUUAGAAGGUUACAGGACUUCGGUUAUCCAGUGGUAAAAUACGAUAAAAAGAUAGCGCGCUACACGUCUCUUCCACAUCUUGGACAAAGUCGAAACAAAGACAGAUUUAAUUUACUGCAUGGCGCUAUCAAGAGGUACAAGCAUGAAGGUCUUUCUACAUUGCGAUAUAAAGUUCUUUCGUUGACAUUACAUCAUCUAUACACACACUUUCUCGUUGAUAUUAAUCCCAACAAAGAAACUGUAAAAUAAACAA